AACGUGGGCCGGAUUCGGAAACACUGAGUUCCAAAUUAAAAGUCCGUUGAGUUGUGUGUGUGCUUAUGCCAUAGGUUUAUGCACCGGCCCCCGCCCCAAAUCCAUGGUCAGGCAGAAUUCAUAGCUACCUAUAAGAGGUCCUCGCGCAUUGACGUGCCACGUGACCUAAACAACGUUGCUGUUUUCGGAAAUGAAUUCAGGAGGAUCGUGAGUGUAAAAGUAGUCUAGAGAAGAGGAAGAGGGUGAGGAGGAAGAUGGAGGAUUUCCCCAUCCGGACAGUGGAGAUGGUGUGCUUGGGUUCAAGUGUGGCUCUCUCUGGUCUGUUUUAUUACAUCUACAGGAAGAAAUGCAAAACUGUGAACAAGCUUAAUGAAGCUCCAGUUUUGCCGGUGGAUGAAAAGUUAGUAGAUCUUUUGAAUGCCACGCCAGGGAAAUGUCUGCAGUAUGUGGUCAUCGAGGGUACAGUGCAAUCUAUCGGGGAACCGUUAAGGAGUCAGUUUCAGGAUGGCAGUGUUGGUGUAAUCCAGAAACUGGUCCUCCGAGAACACAAACUUGUGUGGAACAGUUUAGCUCGCACUUGGACAGACAGCGAGCGUGUGCUUCACCAGCGUGUGAAUGCUGUGCCCUUUAACCUGCUGGGUGUGAACAAGGCGUUUGUGCGUGUGCUCUGUCCCCUGGAGGCCACGGGUCCCAAUAUGGAAAUCAUCCAUGAAAAGUUCCACCAGGCUAGUUAUGGCUUCACGGAUAUGAUUGGUCAGUAUUUGAGCGGAGAGAAGCCCAAAGGUCAACUGGAAACGGAGGAGAUGCUGAAAGUGGGUGCCUCUUUGACCGCAGUGGGCGAGCUCAUCCUGGACACAGACCGCCUCCCAAAAAUCCGCCCACCCACUGAUGGCUCGGAGUACUUCCUUAGCACAGAUGACUUUGAAACCCUGCGGCUAGAGCAGGAAGGGCAGGCAGAGGUGUGGAGGGUGCUGGCGUGCAUUUGUGCAUUGGCAGGUGUGGCCGUGCUGAUGUGGGCGGGACGCAGGUACUACCGCCAGCUGAAGCAGCGAUGGGAGCAGGAGAACAUGAGGAGGGAGUUUGAACUGAUGGGUGCAGAAGAGCGAGGAGAGGAGGAGAACGGGAUGGAGGUAUCGGAGAACCCAUGCGUGAUAUGCCUGAGUAACCCACGAGGCUGUGUGCUGCUGGACUGCGGACACGGGAUACCUGAUACACUGAAACACACAUACAGUAUAAAAUCCAGUAAAUGAUUAGUGGCCAGAUUUUCAUUAAUUAUCCCAUUCUCAGAGGUAUAGAGAGGGAGAGAGGAAGACUACUGGGCAUCUAAAAGCUGGAAUACACAUUUUUGAUGUUGACACUUACACCAGGGGUC